AUGCAGACCUCAUGCACACUGCAGCUGAAGACGCAGAAGGCCGUGCAACAGAUGAUAGGACGGUUGGUAAUCCGGGUGGUCGUCUUCAUGUUAUUUGCAUCCUGUGUUGGGAUGCCGCUGGAGAAUUUCAAGAAGUUCUGGCAAACAGUAAAAAACUGGAUUCGUGGUCUAAUCAAACUGGAUAUGGCCAAAACCUCUGUGGAAAACAUGUAUGACAAAUGUGAACAAGACAUGGAGAAAAAAGUAAAGGAAAAGUUUUUACAAAAUGAGAAAACCAAAAGGAAGGCCUUCCAGCAGGCCUGGGAUAAAGCAGAGAAAUACUACAACACCAUAUGGAAGAAUAUGUGGACGCCGCUGAAGAAGGAACAAAUCAUGGCUCUUUACGCGUACACCCACAAAUUCAACAACGCAGUCCGAAAACAAAACUCUAAGUACAAAACCAAAUUUCAAUAUCACACUCUGCACUUCUACCUCACCAUGGCUCUGCGCACCAUCAAACCUAAAGCAGAAAAUUGUGUCACCGUUUUCCGGAGAGCAAACCGCAAAUUCAGCAAAGAUGUUCUCAACAAAGAGAUUCGUCUUGGUGCUUCUUCGUCCAGUUCGAUGGGUGUCUAUCCUUGCUAGAAAACAUUUGGUAACCAGUCAUGCUUUGAGAUCUCCACCUGUUUUGGAGCAGACAUCUCAGAGUUCUCAAGUAUUAAAUCAGAAAAAGAAGUCCUGAUCCCUCUGUAUGAGGUUUUUAAAGUAACAGGCAUAAAUAAAGCCUCUGACAACACACUUCCUUGUGAGGUUGUCUACGAGCUGCGGAGCACAAACAAACCUCUGUCCAAUUUAAACUGUGCUCUGUUCAAGAGAAAAACGUAUGCGUGGAUUUAA